GCAAAUUGUUCGUCACAGAUUGAUCGAGAAUAAAAAAAAUUAAAAUAAAAUAAAAUAAAUAAAAGAAAAAGCCAUGGAACAAUUCAAAGGAUUAAAGAAAACUUUAUACAUUUGGUCGAAUUCGAAUCAAGAAUCCAUGGAAAAAAGUAUCAACCUGAUAAAACAAAUAACUGGUGGAGAAGUUCUUGUUGAAAACAUUGAUCGACUUUCAAUGGCCUCACAUCCCAAUUCAACAUUUGAUCUUAUUGUCGUCGAAGGUGCUCGUUCCUCAGAUGCAUUUGCCAAGCUAUUAAGCCUACUCAAACCGUCUGGUAAACUAUAUCUGGAAAAGUACGAAGGGAGUUCAGAAAGCGUCAGUCAAGAAUUAAAACUUUCUGGAUUCCUUGAAAUUCAAAAGGCAACUGAUUCCAUAACUUGCCAGAAACCCGCCUAUGAAGUUGGCUCAUCUGUUAAGUUAUCCUUUGCCAAGAAAGAUGUUGCCGCAGUUUGGAAAAUUGACGCAGACGAUGGCGACGAAGAGGAAACAAUCAACGAAGAUGAUUUGCUAGAUGAAGAAGAUAAAGCAAAACCAAAUCCAGAGUCUUUGAGAGUUUGUGGAACAACUGGAAAGAGAAAAGCUUGCAAAGAUUGUUCUUGUGGGCUGGCUGAAGAACUGGAGGCUGAGAAAACAAAGGUCGCGGUUGAAACAAAAAAUGCAAAGUCCAGCUGUGGAAGUUGUUAUUUGGGAGACGCUUUUCGUUGUUCAACAUGUCCUUACUUGGGAAUGCCAGCUUUCAAACCUGGCGAGAAGGUUCAACUUGCUGGAAAUUUACUUAAAGCUGAUUUAUAAAUUUAAAUUCUUAAAUAAAAUUAUAAAUUAAGAUUUCUUUACAA